AUGAGUCGCGCGUACGUGGACUUGGUUGUUCCGCGGAAGACGAAGGCGCCGCCGUUCUCGGUUGAAAGCGGCAAUGCCCGUCAAAAGCGUCCUAACCGGAUCUGGUUCGACAGAGAGCGGGCACAGGCGCGCAACGAGAUGAGGCGGGUGUAUCCUCUCCACUACUACAUCUCGUCCUACGACACGUACGCAUUUCUUGCCAGCCUUAGACAGGGUGCCGACCCGGCGAAACGAGACGCUUCUGGACGCACACCCCUCGACCUUGCGGUGCAGAUGGCAGUGGAGCUCAUUGAGACGUCUCUCUGCACGUCGUUUCCCAUCGACAAUGUCGAUCCCACUCCGGCGGCAACUCUGAAGCCAGCGAUAGGGAGUCCACCGGAAACUACCGCGGAGACAUUCGCCAACCCGUUUCGGGCGAAGUACCACGACGCGAACGCCAACAUGUAUGUCCAGCACAACAGCAUGCGGUAUCGCUCCGCAGGCACGGACGUCUACAAAUCAUGUCGAGAGCCGCCUUUCCUUCUUCCGCCCGACGGGAAAGACGGGGCAGAACGGACAUACCAGGUUGCCGCCUUUCCUCCGCAAGAGUCUCGCGUGGACGGCGAGUGUGAAGAUCUUUUCAGAGACCAACGCGCGCGACGGCCACAGUCUCCGCCGUUCCCUCUGCCCCGUGGCGACGUGAGUCGCUACUACGCAGCGUCGCACAACCUGCGCCCACAGCAGUUCAGGUACGCGUACGAUGCCAACGGGAAGCCGACGUCUUGGUCUCGCCUGCAGCGGGAGCAAGUUCAACUGGAGCAGGAGCACCUUCAGGGAGAGUUUUUGGUGGCUGUGGAGCAGUUUCUCGAGCGUCCUCCUUCGAAGGCCGCGAUGGCUCAGAUGCGCGAGUUGAUCCGGCGCCUCAACGUCAUGUUGAUUAUCAUUAAGAAGUUUGAACACUGUUUGCCGCUGAAGCGAGAGGCAGCCGAGAAGGCGAAGGCCUACAUCGGCACCGCGCUCACCUACCCGUACCUCUACACGGCUUCCAUGUACGAGGCGUUCAAGCGCUACCCCCGGACGCCCGCUGGGCAGGUAGGUUUAGACGAAGCUGUCGAAAGGGGGAAGGGGAAACAAGGAGCGACUCAGAACGUCGCACUGAGCUUCAAUUCCGGCGCGAGGCUCAACAAGCUGCUAAAGGCGUGGGACCCUCUCAACCCUGACGAUGGACGACGCCUGGUGUUGAUUAUCAUGUCCCUGAAGAUGCGCGGACACGAGCUUUUCUCAUUCAUGGGCACCGUCAGCCGGCUGUUCAACGCACUUUUGGACCAGCUGGGCAUAUUCGACGAUCGCAGCAGGGCUGGCGGUCACUGGUGGAAGCUUGGCAGUGAGUGCAGUCAGUUCUACCUCCACAUGGCCUUUUCCUUGGACGAGUCUCAUCUCUUCCAGAAAUUCAUCACGCAGCAACAACUCUUCGACAAACAAGACCUCUUCAAGUGGGAGGAUCUCCUCUACACUCUCAUGCAGCAUCGCGACAAGUUCAGGCCGUACUUUGCGGCGCUUUUGGCUAGGCGGCUCAAGGCACGAGUGCAGAAGCGAUUGAUGGGCUCGACAGAUCAGCAAGCGUACCUGCCAGAAACAGUCAAGUAUCCCUGCGAGGAACGUUAUUUCACCCGUCAGCUUCUCGGAGAAUAUUCAGAGAUUUUUGGAGAGGCGGAAGCAGAAGAAUUUAACAGCAUGUUGCGCCACUGGAGAUACGGCGCAGCCCGGCAGGCCCCUGGCGCUGCCGCUGACGAAGACAACCUUCUCCCGCCUCCGUUGCCUCCUCUGUUUGAGUCGCCUGCUGCGGAUUUCUGGUCUCUCCGAGACUGA